AAAUGGUUCAUGGUUGUGCGGUUUUUUUAUUUCUUACAAGGCACCCUUCGUAGUGGUCAAUGGUCAUAUCAUAUCUACCAUUACCAAUAUCACGUUCGCGAGACUUCGUCUACGGUUCGCAUUCGCCAAACCCUCUUCUCAGUUCUCAUCCGGAUCUUCAAGCCCUGCCACUGCUGCCACGCUGAUUCUGAAUUAACAAGCUUGAAGGAAAUGUCUGGUCCUAGGAUUGCUCAUGCUACCUUGAAGGGACCGAGUGUUGUGAAGGAGAUAAUAAUCGGAAUAACACUUGGAUUAGCUGCUGGUAGUGUCUGGAAGAUGCAUCACUGGAAUGAACAGAGAAAAGUCAGGGCCUUUUACGAUUUACUGGAAAAAGGUGAGAUUAGUGUUGUUGCAGAGGAAGAAUGAAAAGUUCUUGUGUUGUGCCUAUGCCUUGUGUUGUAUAAUCUUUUUUCCCUUCUAUAUUCCAUUGGCUCGUUGUAGAUGGGCUGACUUAUUGUAGAUUCAAAAGAAUAAAUUUCAUACACUGUUUUGGUACUUAUGGACUAUGUUUGCUUGUAGAAAUUUCAGGAAGCUGUAAAUUGUUUUGUGCUUGAGUUAUAUUUCUUGUUGCUGCACAAAAUAUGGAUGUCUUUGCUCUUAUUUUUCUUCAAUGUAGACUCUGCUGACCUUUUUAAAGAGUAAAUCAAAUUCUCUUGAAGUA